AUGAAUAUGGAGAUGAGCUCCCGAGGAUUAGCUCUGGCACCUCCAGCCAAGAAUGUGGUGGUGUAUCGCAAUGGGGACCCCUUCUUCCACGGGAGAAAGAUUGUGGUGAACCAGCGGCAGUUCCUGACCUUUGAGACAUUUCUGAAUGAGGUGACCAAGAGCAUCUGUGCACCCUUGGCUGUGAGGAAUCUCUACACGCCCAGGCAGGGCCACCGUGUCGCUGAGCUGGGGGACCUGCAGGAUGGGUGCCAGUAUGUGGCUGCGGGCUUUGAAAGGUUCAAAAGGCUCAACUAUUUAAAUCGUGGAAUGAAGCAACUCAGUGAGACAAGGAACAGCAAUGGCAUGCAGCCCCACACCAUAUUGCCCUGGAAGCAGAACAUCUCGACGCGAUGGCAGAAGCACACCCACCUGCCCUGCACGAUACAUGUUUUCCGGAAUGGGGAUUUGCUAAGCCCUCCUUUCCGACUGCUGCUCUCCAGGGGCACCCCGCUGCAGUGGGACACGCUCCUGACCACGCUAACAGAGAAAGCCAACCUGCGCAGUGGAGCUGUUCACAAGCUCUGCAGGCUGGAUGGAACACAGGUGUCUGGUGGGGAGGAGCUGGUGAAUGGUGGUUACUAUGUGGCAGUGGGAGCUGAGAAAUACAAAAACCUGCCCUACUUUGAGCUGUUGGUGCCCCAGGCUUCGGCGUACAGGACACUAUGGAACCACCCAAAUAGCAGGCGCAAAAACUACAGCGAAAGGCUAGACAAUCGCAGGGUGCAGACCACAGGAGCCACAGAGAAAGACAAGAUCCCAGUUGCUUCUCCACCACUGCACAAGCAAGCCAGGAAAUCUUACCUCCAAGAGGAAGAGUCUCUUUUCCAUGCUAAACCUGUCCGUGCAGGACAAAACAGGAGGAGUAACACGAAUGUGCAGCACUGGCCUGAUCAAGAAGGAAGUGUUUAUAAAGCCAAAGAUCCCAGGAAGGAGAUGCGAGGUGCACACGAAGUAAAAGAGGAUGAACACACAAAGGUGGAGGUACCCAUUGAUCAGAGAGUUGCAGAGACUGUGGAAGAGGAAUUUAUACAAAAAGCCAAAAUGAGAAACCACAACAAGGUGUGGAGUACAGACAAAUUGCAGAAGACCGUGGCAAUGCAAAGGUAUGCCAGCGACUCUGAGGAUGAAAAGCACUGAAGGAUGUCUUUCCUUAGCAGCAAGGAACUCUGAAGACUUCACAAAGGGACUGUGAUGGGAGAAAGACAGCUAGGUAGCUUGCUAUCUAGAUAACAAAAGCACGUGAUUCUCAGAUACAUGUAACAGCAAAGACUGGCCACAGUUUCUGAUGUAUUAUCUUCUAAGAUCGAACACCAUAAUUGUCUGUGCUUGAGAGGGAAACUACCAGUGAACUGGAAUCUGAUGCACAAUUUUGUUAAAUAAUGUAGUACUCCUCCUUUCCUCAUCUCUACAGUAUGACGAUUUGGCAGAGGAGACGGCCGGUUUUCUGAACUCCAAUUAAGAAACUGGUUUGUAUCUGAAUGUGGGGAGGAAGAAUUACCAAAUAGCAUUUACUCCUUUAUAAUAAAAUAUCUGCCAGAAAAUUUGUUGUGUCAGGAACUUCUUUUAAAAAUAUUUCAUAGCAUCAUUGUCCCUCUAAUUUGGAGUGCUUGGAUAAUGUUUGCAGCAAUCAAAUCUGCUCCCAGAUUUGGUAGAUUUGUUUUCCUGAAUUAGGCAGAUGUUCUUAAAAGUCAUAGUAAUAAAUGGCUAUUGUCUCAACACUCUUUGUGCAAGACUUUCUGUAUCCUUCCCUAGAGUUCAUGAUUAAUUACAAGGGUAAUGAAGAUGUUCCUUCAGGGAUCUGUUUAGUAUUUUGGACUGAUUUUUUCACUGAAAAGAAAGACGCUUCCUCUUGUAGCAGCAAACUGCACUGUUAUUAUUUUACAGAUCAAAGUCCAGUGGAGAAGAGCCAUAUGGUACACCUCUGGGCUGUGCAGCAUGACCUGGAUACAAUGAAGGAAGCCACUUUCAUAGGCAUGAAAGAGGAGACUUCCUAACUGACUCCUUCUACAAAAAAUCAGCUAGGUCAUAAUUAAGGCAAAGUCAUUGUCAAAGGAGAGUCUCUGAAGGACUUUUAAACAAUUUAUUAUGCUUCCAGUGCUAAACAAGACAAUUCAGUCAUCCCUGCCUUGAAAUGCUCACAGAAAACAUUCCUUAACCCAGGACAUCACAUAGGAUGUCCUUGAAAAAUGCCUUGUUCCGCCAUGGCGCUAAGGGAAUACAAUGCAUGUUUUUAGAUGUGUGUGUCAAAAAUGCAGCUUCCUAGAUGCAACUGAGCCUAAUGGUCUGCUGCUGAGCUGGAAGCUCCCCUCUUCACACAUGGAGAUUACCUUGGAAUAGGUUUUCUUCCUGAUGUAUCUCACGGCGUCUUGUUUAUGAACCAGCUA